UUUCAGCAGUCCUCCUUCAGGUGCUGAUCGUCAAGACAGGAGCGGUAGACAUGUCCAGACCAGUUCAUCAUCACUGACACCGGGAUUGAGCUCUUCUCCGAGUAUAAAUUUGCCAAAAUGAACGGAACUGCAGACAUCUGCAACCAUUGUCGGAACAUCAUCAGAGAGAAGGAGAAAGGAAUGAAGAUGUCAAGACACAUAUUGACGGGACCAAGCUCAUUUAUUCCAGAAAAUGAGAUCAUAGGAGCCAUGCCACUUAAUGAUGCCACAGAGCUAUUGUUAGAUGAAGAGUUCAGUGGGCAUGUGGAUAACCUGACACAGGUGAUGGCGCUCCACCCACAUUACCUGCAAGCCUUCUUGCGCUGCCACUAUUACCUCCUGAGGAUGGACGGCCCUCUACCACUCCACUACAGACAUUACAUCGCUAUAAUGGCUGCAGGGCGACAUCAGUGUUCCAGAUUGGUGUGUCAACACAUACAAGAGUAUGAGCAGAUUGGCAUGUGUUCUGAUUGGCUUAGAGGUUUGGAGUUUUGCCCACAACGACUUCGUAACCUCAAUGAAAUCAACAAGAUCCUCGCACACAGACCCUGGCUCAUCACCAAGCAACACAUACAGGCUUUGGUGAAGACGGGAGAACACAGCUGGUCUUUGGCAGAGCUGGUUCAUGCUGUCGUCCUGUUGGCUCAUUUUCAUGCCUUGUCUAGUUUUGUAUUUGGUAGUGGUGUCAACCCUGACCCAGAGGUUACAGAGGUCAACAGGGUUAUGGAUGACCUUUGCCACCCAACCAUGGCGAGUUUGUGCACCUGUCACCUAACAAACAGCAACCAAGCCAACAGGAACUCUCUGCGUAUCCCGAACACAGGGAGUGAACUGGAAGCUUUGAUGGAGAGAAUGAAGCGAUUGCAGGAAGAGAGAGAAGACGACGAUGCAUCAGAAGAGGAGAUGUUCACUCGCUUUGAAAAAGAAAAGAAAGAGAGUCUUUUGGUUAUGUCCGCAGGGUUCGAUGAGGAAGUAGUCCCUCCCUCUCCUGUGGCUCGGUUUGUAGAUGACCCGUCGUUUGGAUACCAGGACUUUGCACGGCACGGAGAAGACAACCCACCCACUUUUAAAGCACAAGACUACUCAUGGGAAGAUCAUGGUUUCUCCCUGGUGAACAGGUUGUACUCUGACAUUGGUCACCUAUUGGACGAUAAGUUCAGAACGGCAUGCGAUUUGACCUAUUACAACAUGGCCAGUCAUGAGGGGGUGGAUACCAGCAUGCUGCGCAGGGCACUCUUUAACUACGUCCAUUGUAUGUAUGGUAUAAGAUACGAUGACUAUGAUUACGGAGAAGUAAAUCAGUUGUUGGAGCGUAGUCUGAAGGUUUACAUCAAGACAGUGACGUGUUACCCAGAAAGAACCACCCGCCGCAUGUACGAGAGCUACUGGCACCAGUUCAGACACUCGGAGAAGGUUCAUGUGAACUUGCUUCUGAUGGAGGCUCGCAUGCAGGCGGAAUUGCUCUAUGCAUUGAGAGCUAUCACCCAUUAUAUGACCUGACCAAUCAGACUUCAUCAACUUUGUUAACCUGACCUAUCAGAUCUCACUCAUUUUAUGACCUCACAAAUCAGACUUCACCCACAUAUGACUGGACCAUUUGGACUGCCUCCAUUGUGAUGCCUAUAUUUAACAUUCUCUAAUGAAUCAGCCCAUAUCUGCCAUUUGACGUGACCGAUCAGACAAUCAGACCUGUCAAUAUAUCUUAUAUACAGUAAUUAUAUAAUUAUAUAACCAGGUUACAGCAAGUAUGAGAACGUGUCAACAGCAGUUGGUUUUGUUAUAUAGUUUCAUUCAAGUUGUUGCCUAGCUUUUACACUUUUGUCACUAUAUCUGGGAUCGUCUUGAGAAGAUCAGUUUACAAACCAUUCUGGAAUAAUCCCAAAUGUCAAAGUAAGGAUCCAGGGAUUUAUACUUUUAAAUAAAAAUUGUGGGUGGGAAGCCAAUCCAUAAUUUAUGUUGGAUUGAACUAUAUUGUGGGACGGUCCUUUAUGGUCAGACAAAUUCUUAUUUGACUGAUUAAAACAACCCAAAUCCUCUGACUUGACCUAUAAUCUGACCUGAUCAACUGGAUGAUCAUUUUAUGACAUCAGCUCACCAUCAUGACUGGACAAAUUACAUUUUAACGUGCAAUAUUUUCUCAUUGAAAUCUCACACAUAUUGUAAGAUAAAAUACUGGAGGACAGAGUACAUAACCUUUAACAGAAAGUAGUAUUUUUUUCUUUUUUGCACAUUUAAGAAGAACUGUUUUGGAACACAAUACUAUUUUCCUUUUGUAAAAGCACUAUAAAUGACAACAACAGAAUGUGAGACUCCUGUACGGAGAUUCUUUUUCUUUCUUUUGCAUAUUUAAAAUCUUUAAAGUACCUUUUUUCAUAUUUGAAUGUAUUAUUUAGAGUUCUUAUCAAUACCAUACAUUUUGUUGUAUUUUUCAGAUCAGUUUAGUUGUUUUGGUUUAGUUGUUUACCUGAAAACUAAUGCUUUUGUAGCAUUAAUACUGUACUAUCAGUCCUUUACUAAUAUCUUUCAUUCUCUGUGUUAUAAUGUAGAUAGCAACAUUUGUUUGUAGUUUACAUGUUGCUGUCACUAAACCCUGACAUUGUCAGUCUCUGAGUAGCUAUACUAAUUGCAUUUUGUGACUUUAUUUCUGUGCGAGUGUAUGUGAGUGAGAUUCAACAUGUAGCUUGUCUUAUCCCGAACGUUUGUAUGCGCAGGACAAAGUGUUUGCACAUCUGUUGAGCAUCUCUGAGUUUGUGACAAAACUGUGCACACUAGCACAAGAGAGAUUGUACGUGCGAGAGUUAUAUAUCUGACUGUAGGGAGAGUGGAAAACUAACUUUUUUGAUACUAUCGAUGUAAUUAGUACUGUCCAUCAAAACAUUUAACAAAGAUUUAUUUAUAUUGCUUUAUGAAUCAUUAUUACAUAUUUGCACAAGGUGCAAUCAAGCACCUAAACUAAUCAAGGUGCAACAUCAGCAUCCUUAAAAACAAUCUAUUACAAUUGUGUCUAAAAAUACAGUGAAAAGAUAAGCUUUAUAGAAGAAGAGAAAGUGUUGCCUGGUCCAAUCUUUUGGACAGUGCCUUAUAAAUGCCUGUAUCACUGGAGUAGGUAAAAUUGUCAUUGAAGUGCCUUUCAAAUUUAGAUACAAGCAUUUCUAAUGAUAUGUAGCAAAUUGAUUAUCUCUCCCCAUGGAAAAAAAUGGUAAAUGUUUAUAUCUGUUGUAUUUCCUUCUUGUGAUAGUAAUUCUGAUCACAGUGGUGCUAUGAAGCUUUCAUAUUCUCCACUCGUAAAUUUUUAUAUUUUUAAUAGGUCUACACUGGCACACAAUGAUGCUGUCAGCACUGGAAUCCGGCGGCCCUAAAACUGAACUGUGCGUUUCAAUAAAAUUUCUAAACAUAAAUCUCUGAUUGUCAUCCUUUUUUCUGUUUGCCUUAUUGCUUUUAUUUUUAAUUGUGAAAUUGUCAAUUCAACUAGAGGUCCCGAUCUCAAAAUAAGUAUAUGUCUCUGCAGAAAAUAAUGGACGUUUUCUAAUCUGUGGGUGUUUUCAAACCGGGAUGGUCGUUUCUAAACUAUCCAAUGAAAGUAGGCAAUCUCAGUGGUUUGAUAAACACCCACCGAUUGGAAAAAGCCCAUUUUUGUUCUGCAGAGACAAACAGUAAGUCUCAAAAAUGUUGUUGUUGAUAAUUUUUUCCUGGUGAAAUAUAAACAUAAAUGAUGAUGAAAGGCAAAAUAUUACAGGGUUCCCAAACAUCCUGGAAAACCUGGAGAUUUCAAUGCAGUUUUCCAGUCAUAGAAAAGUCGCAAUGCGAACUUUACACCUCGACAUGUGAAUUUAUUUAAAAUUAUUAAACGAUUGGAGUCCGCUUAUAACACCACAUGUAGUGGCCUUUGAUUUCUGCGAUGCGGAAAACACGGAGAGUUCCUAAAUCCAGUAAUAAAACAAGGAAUGUCAAAGACAUUGUGUUUGAAUGCACAAUUAAUCAAAUUAAAAUAACAAUAUGUCCUAGUGUGAUUAUUAAACCUCAAAAUGAUGUGAUUUAAUUGAAUAAAUAUAUAACCUGCAUGCAUAUUUUAGAAAUGUCCAGGAAAAUUGUGCUUUGAAAUGAGUGGG